CGUCUAUGGCUCCGUGCUCUACACCUAUCAGCAUGGCGGUUUUACGCGUGCGUUGCCCGCGUUGCUUGCUGUAGUAAACGCGUAGGACUGUAUGAGCGGAUGGUUUCUGCGCGAUAGUCACGUUUGAUCGAAAUAUUGCUGAUGUUAUUAUGCGGGCAGCUGACACCUGACAUGUGAUUUCACUAGAGCUGUGAUAAUCGCGGUUGCGCCUGGUCGCUCCGAAAGCAUGACUUGCUGCGUGCCUUACUGCUCGUCAUAUACGGGAAAACCAAGACUUGACGGCGAGCCCAGUGUGUCGUUCCACGAGUUUCCCGUGACCGACAUUAGAGAAGCAUGGAUCAAAGCCAUCUCGCGCGAAGGUCCCAACAAGACAUUGUGGCAGCCACACGAGACAGCGAAAGUGUGCAGCAUCCACUUCAGGCUGGAGGACUACAAGGACUGCAUGAAAGGGCGUCGCUUAAAGCCCAAUGCAGUGCCGUCUAUCUUCCCAGGAUACCCUGCCUACAUGCAGCGCUCCGCUGAGUGCAUCAGGCGGAAGGCUAGCGUCCUACCACAUCGGCGCCUUUCAGAAGCUUUUCCUACAGUUUCAACACACCCACCCAGGUCAAAAAAGCGCCUCCUGUGCGAUGGCUCAGAUGGUACCAAGCCAUCUGCAGAAACCGCUUUGGCAACCAGUACGAGCGAAGUUGCAGACCCUACCAGCCUUACAGCUAAGAAGCCUUGCAGAAAAAAAAGCAUGGCGACGAAAGAACCAGAUACCUGCCCCAUAGAGCCAACCACACAGCAAACCCUCGUGCGCAUGCCAGCCUCAAAAGAUUCUCAGACUCCCGUCUCUUCGCGGCCACUGGUGAUCCGAGUGGCAACAUGCGAGCAGUGCCCUCCAGUCACAGACGAGUGCAGUGCUUUGAGUGGACUGGAUGCACAGUGCCUAGAUGAACACAGGACACUUGGGACACAGACAACAAUGACUGGAGUGACAAUGUCUGCCUUGUGCGACGAGAUAAGGUUGCUCAAGCAGAGGUGCCACGAUUUACAAAACCAGCUCAACAAGUCACAUGCUGAAAACUGUCAGUUAAGAAUGAAGAUUCGCUCUAACCAGGGGCCUUGCGGUACGUGAUGGCUUGAUACUUCCAUUGGCUCUAUCUCCGAGAGUUAAUUUCUCCCGACUUUUACCAUCUGCACACAUGCUCUGGAAGAGUUGGGAUGUUUGCAUAUAUCAGAGCAACCCAUUACAACCUGUUGCUUUCAGAAAGUCACUUGUAGCAGUUUCUUUUGGGGCUUGUUGGCAUUCCAAGCUUCUUUUCUUUUAAAGAAAUGCUAGUUCAAGUGAUUCGAUUUUGAUCUUUUUUACCUUGUAUUUAGAAAAUGCAUCCGAAUCCCAAAACCUGCGUGUAACAAUAAUGCACUUUAUUUUUAAUUGAAACAAGGCGAGUUUUAAAUAAAUGCCUUGGAUGAAAUGUUUUGCUGGCUUUGGAAUAUUUUUGGACAAGUCAAGCCACUUGUCUGGCUUGUGUUGAGAGAGCGGUCUACUUGCUUCCCCGAAAUAUGGGCCACGAUAACUUAAAACUAUUCCAAUCUGUUUUAAUCCCAAAUCAGCCAUUAGCCCUCUCUGGUAGGUGAAAAUGGCUUGGGCACCACCUAUAUAGGCUGAGCCCCACCCAUUUGCUAAUGGCAGAUUUGGAAUAAACACAGAUUGGAAUAGUUGCAAGUUAUCCCGGCACUGGUCACCUCGGUGCAUUGAUGAAAGUGCUUGGCAUCUAUUUGCUAUCACCCUGUCAUUGAUUCUACUGUGCAUACUGUUUAUACUGUGAUGAGUAUCAGAAGUCACCUUGUUUAACAUCGCUGUCAAGAGUCGCACGAGAACAAAAUAAUAUGGAUAUCUUGUGUGCUCCCCAAUAUUUUGCACUGAACUAGAUUAUUUUGAUCCUCAAAGAUUAUACAGUGCAUUAAACCAGCUAGAAGUGGUCUAUCGAAUGUGAAGUUUUGAGAAUCCUUGUUACACUGAAUGCUUGUAUCUAAUGCGGCCACUGCUCAACUAGCAGUGAUAUGCGAAAUGAAAUUCCCUGUACUUGUUGCUUGGCUUUAUCAAUGCUAAUUUCAGAACAUAAAAGAGCUAUACACAAUGCUUCCCAAAAAUUAUAUUACAGUUGAACCUUGUUAUAAUGAAUUUGCAUCCUACACGAAAAUGCUUUGCUAUAUCUGGUAUUCAUUAAAAGCAUCGAUUCAUUA